UUAAAAAACUGACCUUUUGAAAUUUUUAAAGAUAAUAGAGAUGUGUUGUUUGCUUGAGAUCAAUCAGAAACUGCUUUUAAGUUGUCAGUUCAGAAUUGACAGUAUGUAUUGAAAAUUCUAUGAAUAUUAAACCAUCAGCUGUUUUUGAUUGAUUUCCUAUCAUUUUGCAAUCAAAAUAGAAAGGUGAUGAUUACCUGUUUAUAAUUAGUUUUUUAAAUGGAUAACAGUGAUAGACAUUUUUUAUUUUAUUUUAUGAGCAGCAUAUGCUAUGUUGAAGAGUCGGCUAGCAAUUUAAAAGCCAGUUAACAAUUUAAAAAAUCUUUUUUUUGUGGUCUCAAGGAGCCAAUACCAUUUUUACCUGUUUACUUAUUUAUGAUUUAUUCUUUAAAUGGCCCCAAUAUGGCAACUGUUUGGAAUUUUGUUCUUGCUAGCUGUAUUAUAUAAUUUGGUUUUGUGGGAGUUUCUCUUGUUUUAACAAAACUCACUAUCAGUAGGUAUGAUUUUUGAUAAAGAUGAUAAAGUUAUAUUGGGCUGAAAAGAUUGUAAAUCCAUUGUCUGCUGCAGUAUGAAUGUUGAUGUUUGUCUACCAUCUUCUGGGUAUAAUAUUGGAAGUAUUUGCCCUGAUAAUUCACAUAUGCAGUGCAUACUAGAACAAGAUAUUAUGAAUUAAAAAUGAAUGUUGUGAGGUAGGCAAAAUAAAUAGUCUUCUUUAUCAGUGUUGAUAGUCUUCUAUAUCAAUAUAGCUAAUAGUUUUUGUUGCAUUGUCUCAUGAGUAAUACUGCACUAAAAGAACCAAAACAUGUUUCCUUGAAUGGUGACCAAUGAUUAUUUCUUAGAAUAUAAAUAAAGAUUGUUAAAAUUGUCUUGUAAUUGUUGUCUGUGUUGAGAAUUGAUGUAAAUAAUGUAGCUAUCAGUCUGUGAGUCAGUGAACUUUAAAUAGUAACAAACUGGUGAGGAGGGUUGGUAGGUGCAGUUCUCAGCAUGUUAGCUCCCCAAUUUUUGACUGGACAAUAGUAUUUUGGUUUAAAUUUUAUGUUUUUCAAUUUUUGUAUCUUAGUUAAUGUGGCUCAGUGCUUUGAUUUGGAACCUUCUCCUUAUUCCUGUUUAGAUUUAUACCAGAUGUUAAAAGGGUCUUCUGUAUGCCAAAUGUUGAAACAAAUUUUAUGGGCUCUAGAAACUUGCAAAAUAUGUACACACUCUCCCAAUAUCUCAUUGAGUUGAUGAGGAACCAAUUAGUCUGGUAUGAACAAAAAUAAUGUCAGAAUGACCCCAGCUUGCUCAUUGUCAUCAUAGUCCCCCCUCUGUUGUGAUUCCAGCAGGUAAACCUACUGCUGUAAUUUGUGUUCAGUGAUACACAGGGCAGUGUAUCGGCACUGUUGUUUUCCUCCCUCUUCUCUGAAGAGUGGGUGGUAUCUUGCUUGUUGUUAUUUGAUCUGGAUCUGUGGGUUGAGGACGGUUCUCAGGUAUACUUCACCACAUCCUGGAAUUGGAACUCCUACUACUACUACUGCAGAAGCUAGAAGUAGCUAACUUGUGGAAUCUGUACUGAGCUGACUACGCAGCACACCAUCAUGGCUGGUUAUGAACAGUCUGAACAAUACGAACCUUAUAACAACAUCCAAAGUGAGGAAAACGAUAAUGAUUAUAACGGUCACCAUGAAAGUGGUCAAGAGGACUCGUCUAAUUCACGCACUGCCAAAAUCAUAAUUCGCCACGUUCCUUCACAAGUAACCCACGAAGAUCUUUUGCGCUUGGUCUCUGCUUUCGGUCCAGUUAUAAAAACAGAUGAAAGCACAAACCGCAAUGGUGAGAAUGUUGUAGUUGUCAUCUACGAGUCGCCAGAAGCUGCACAAGAGGCCGCUUCACAGUUAAAUGGUUACGAAUUAUUAGGAACACAGAUCAGUGUUGAAUUAGCAGCUCCAAGGAAUAAUCGUCGCUUUGGUGGACGUCGUAAUUUCUCAGGGAUGGGGAGCAACAGAAAUUCUGAUUUUCCUCUGAGAAUAUUGGUGCCGCGGGAGAUGGUGGGUGCCGUAAUUGGACGCGGAGGUGAAACUGUCCGCCAGAUCACGCAGCAGUCACGGGCCAGGUAAAACAGUAGACUGCCUGCGUGCUCAUGCUCGGGGGUAUUAUGACAUGCUGUGUGUGUGCUCUGUAGCAGCGGCAUUGAGGAAGACCCCACAAACAGGCUGGUUCUAGUCUUGUUAGUCUAGCACUGCCCUUGCCCAUACGUGUGUGAUGCAACAAUAACCGAGAGGGUAGUCCUAGUCCUACUAGUCUAGUAUGGGCGUGUCAACCCCCCACAAACACCACUAACCUGUUCCAUCCCCUGCAGGGGCCUGGCCGGCAGCAGGAACGACUACUGAGUAGUUAGAUGUAGUGUACUUACAAUAGCAUGGUGUU